UUACACUCAAGAAUGACUGGAUCAGGACGUGGUAAAGGAAAGGCUAGGGCGACGCCAAAGUCGCGCUCUUCUCGAGCUGGACUCCAGUUCCCAGUUGGUCGCAUCCAGCGACAUUUGAGGAAAGGCAACUAUGCCGAGCGAGUAGGUGCUGGUGCCCCGGUAUACUUGGCCGCCGUUCUCGAGUACUUGUCCGCCGAAGUCCUGGAGUUGGCAGGCAAUGCAGCUCGUGACAACAAGAAGACUAGGAUCAUCCCUCGUCAUCUCCAGCUGGCCAUCCGCAAUGACGAGGAACUAAACAAGCUGCUCGCCAACGUUACGGUUGCUCAAGGAGGUGUUCUGCCCAACAUACAAACUAUCCUGUUGCCAAAAAAAACCGGAAAGAAAGAAUUCACGGAAUAGGUUAUGAAGCUUAAAUCAAAAACCGGCCCUUUUCAGGGCCAACAACAAAAUUGCAACGUAACAUUUCAUUCCACAUGCUGAACUUUCACGCACACUUACUUUCUAAAUUAACAUACAUUCAU